GAUUUGGAGAUAUGAUCAUAUAUUAAAUAUAAAUACGUUAGACGUGGGUUCUAUUAGUUUGUUCUAAUUAAUUUUUAUUGAAGUGAACACAAACAAAAGUCGAAAUUAUAUCCAGAAAAUGAAUUUAUUCAUAUAUGGUUGUUUGCUUGUCCUUGCAGUGUCAGCAGAUGAUGAUACCUGGUCAAAUUUUAAGGUAAAAUAUAGCAAAACGUACAACCUUACCGAAGCAACUCUCAGAAAAAGCAUCUUUGAAGCCAAUUUACUGAAGAUUCAAGAGCACAAUAAGAAGUACGAUCAAGGCUUGGUAACCUACAAAUUGGGCAUCAAUAAAUUUGCAGACUUAACAGCUGACGAGUUUUCUGCCAGACUUGCCACGAAUAUCAUUAGUUUGGAAAGCCUAUCACUUCCUAACGGUACUUUGUACACACCUAAUGAGAAUUUGAGUGUUCCAGAGUCCAUUGAUUGGAGAACGAAAGGAGCUGUGACAGGUGUCAAAAAUCAAGGUCUUUGUGGUGGUUGCUGGGCUUUUAGUGCGACCGGUGUGAUUGAAGGACAAGUGGCUAUCCAAACUGGUAACUUGGUAUCCUUGAGUGAACAACAACUCAUUGACUGCGACACUACGAAUUAUGGUUGUUCAGGUGGCGUUGUACAACUUGCCUUCCUCUAUGUCCAAGAUAAUGGACUGAUGACAGAAGAGGUUUAUCCCUACAAACAAACUGCAAGUUCCUGUAAAGCCACAUCUACAAAGUCCAAUAAGGUAUUUGUGAAGGAUUAUGUCAAUAUUAAGCAAGGCAGCGAGGAUGAUUUGAAAUCAGCUGUUGGGUCAAUUGGACCGGUAUCCAUUGCCAUGCAAGCAGAUUCAAUUCAAUUCUAUGAAAGUGGAAUUUUCGAAGGAAGUUGCACUGGUAGUUUGAAUCAUGGAGUUUUGGCCGUUGGUUACGAUAAAGACAGUACCACCGGGACCUACUACUGGAUCAUGAAGAAUUCUUGGGGUACCAGCUGGGGGGAGAGUGGUUAUUUCAGAUUAAAAAUGGGGAGUAACCUGUGCGGAAUUACUACCCAAUCCUGUUACACCACCUACUCACACUCAAAUAACUUAGUAAAAAAUAAUUUGCUAGUAGUUUUUGGCCUAGUCGCAGCAGCACUCAGGUUACUUUACAAGAUUUCAAAAUACAAGAAAACUUACUUAACACAAACCGAACAAACACUAAGGGAAGAUAUUUUCGAAGACAAUCUGCUUAAAGUAGAAGCACAUAACGCAAAAUACGCACAAGGACUUGUCAGCUACAAAUUGGGUAUCAACUAAUAUGCUGAUCUGACAACAGAAGAGUUUUCAGCCUUAUUUCAGCCUAUAUCCUAUACUAAAACUAGCACAGAUAAUUCUAAUGCACGUCAUAGUUUUGUCGGUGAUAUUCCUUCUUCCAUAGAUUGGAGAUCAUAUGGAGUGGUGACUGAUGUUAAAAAUCAGGGAUCUUGUGGAAGCUGCUGGGCUUUUAGUGCGGCUGGAGUUAUCGAAUCACAAGUUGCGAUAAAAUCAAAUAAACUAGAAAGUCUCAGCGAACAAUAUUUGGUCGAUUGUGACACUGCAGUAAACGUAGGAUGUGAGGGUGGUGUAGUCCAAUACGCUUUUGACUACAUAAAAGAAAACGGGAUAACUAUCGAAGACAGCUAUCCUUAUACAGGUUCUUCUAAUUCCACUUGCAAAGCUUCUUCCAGUAGUGUUUUCAUUGAUGGGUACGUGGACAUUCUGUAUAAUAAUGAGACUGAUCUGAAAGCCGCAGUUGGUACAGUUGGUCCAGUCUCUGUGGCGAUCAAGGCAGAUUCAUUUCAACUCUACGAAGAAGGCAUCUUUAGUGAUGUCUGUAACGGUAGUUUAAACCAUGCUGUCAUAGCUGUGGGUUAUGUGCAGAACGAGACAACCGGAGAGUCUUAUUGGAUCAUGAAAAAUUCUUGGGGCACCAAUUGGGGAGAGAAUGGUUACUUUCGAGUAAAAUUAGGUGACAACCUGUGUGGAAUUACAACGCAGUCAUGCUAUGCUGUUUACAGUUCUGCCACUUCAACCGGUGUUAAUGUUUUGUUUAUGUUUGUAUUGGUGAAAUUAAUUAUUUGUAUUUAUAAAUAAAUAUA